AUGGAGUUCGAUAUCAGGUACGAUCCCAAGACAAAGGGUGUAGUGUUCACCCAAGAACCCGAAGAGCCAAUCCCAGGCCUUAACUUGGAAAUUGACCAGCUCUCUACCCUCACAACUGAACUUAUCGGUAUCAACGAGCCAUACCCACCAAAACCUACUGGCGAGUCCUUUAACAAGGAUUUAUCCAAGAUGAUCAAGAAACUAUACGAAGGUGGUGUGCAGAGCUUCAAGCAGGAGAAGUUUGUGGACCUGGCCAAGCAGUUUACCAUUGCUAUUGAGGUGAUCAACAGAAGAAACAAGUUCGAGGUUUUCCUGGCCACGUUACAGGAGCUCAGUCUUUUGUUGAUGAGCAGAGCUGACGCUUACCUCAAGUGUAAGGAGUACUUGAAGGCAUUCAACGAUGCAGACAUGUUGAUUGGCAUGAUGAUGACCACUCCAGAGAACUUCUUAAGAAGAGGCGUGGCCAACUACUUCUUGGGCAACUACGAGGACGCCAGAGCCGACUACCAGAGAGGGCUUGCGUUUUCGGAAAACAACGAGAGACUUAUCACCGAGUUGGACAUUUGUUUGGAUAAGAUUCUCGAGGAGAACGGCGACUACCUCUAA